GCUGACGAAGUAGAAGAAGACGAAGCACGACGACUCUCGCGCUUCCAGAUUUCUUGAUCCGAUACUCAUUUUUUCUCCUCUCCUUCAAUCAAUCUCUUCUCGAAUUUGUGCUCUUGAAAUUAUAUAAUCUAGGCAAUUUGAAGAUCUUGUGGUUCACAAACUCAUAAGCACGAGGUUAUCAUUUUCAUCAUCUACUUGAAGAACGUAUGGGGGAAACUGUUAAAGUGCGCGGUGAUGGAAGUGCAGAGCUGGUUAAAUCUAUGGCUGAUAAGCAUGUCGGUCUCGUGAGACCAGCGGCUAAAUAUUACUCUGCAAUAAAAGAUGCUAUGGUAAGUGGGAAAGGAAGAUAUACGCUUGUAAAAGACGUGGACGAGGUGGAAAAUGGAGUGUAUGACAAGCCUCUUCCAUGCUUUGGUUGUGGAGUCGGAUGGUUCUCCUUCCUCUUGGGUUUUGUGCUUCCUUUCUUGUGGUACUAUGCGACAUUUCUAUAUUUCGGGAACUACUACCGCAAGGAUCCUAGAGAAAGAGCCGGUCUUGCUGCUUCCGCAAUCGCUGCGAUGGGAUUCUCCCUCAUGCUACUGGUGAUUGUUGUUUUCAGGUGGUUCUAAUGGGUUCUCUGACUUAUACGCCAUAAAUCUUGAGAUAUAUAAUGAAAGUCCCAUCCUUGU